AUGUAUAACAACUACUGCGAUAAUUGGGAGAGACUAGUGGGAGCUGUGUUUGAUAGAGAGAAACUUAAGAAGCUUGCUUUAGCUCCUUCGAGAGAGUCGAGUUCAAGCUCCAUAUCCUGGCUGGGUUCUCCAAUUCAUGAGCAGAUUCUUCAACUUGAAGGUUUUAAUUCUCUCAAUACAGUAAAUGAACCGGAUUGGGAGAGAUUACUGCCGUCUGAUUACUUAGACCUCAUCUCCAGAUCAGUGAAUCGUGUUGCCUAUGCAACCAAGAAAGACCUCUACUCAAGUCUCUGUGAAUUUCCUAUUUUACUUGAUGGAGGAAAAAUGCUUGAGAUACGAGGCAAGAUCGACACAAAAAUGCUAUCCCCAAAGACUCAAUAUGUAGUUUAUCUCGUAUAUAGAUUAGCACAGAAUUUCUAUGGCCUUGGAUUAGCAAAUGCAACAAUCAAGUUUCUUAUCCGUGAAGAUGAUGCUGAAGCUGAAAAGGGAGCUACUACUUUGUGA